AUGUACCAACCUCCGCCUACCGAUCAGUCAACGUUCGAAUCACAGGCACAGUACAACCUACAGGCGACUGAAGAUGUUGAAGAGGAGCAGCACUCUUUCGAGGACCGGAAAAAGCAGUAUCCAGUUGCAUUUCCUAAGCGGCCCAACUACAGGCCAAAGCCGCUGCGAUGGCCUUUUAUCACUGCUAUGAUUGUGUUGCUUGCAUUGCUCAUGGGUCUGGUUAUUUUUGCGCGCACCACAAUGCCAAACUCAGAUAGUACAGCGACAAUCGAGCCUCGCCAUGUCAUGUUCUAUCGGCGAGAUGUAAGCUCUACUGCGCAACCUCCGUCAUCGGCUCCGAGCCCUGUGCCGGCCGGAACUCAAAUCACUUCGUCGCCAGUUGCGGCACCCUCAACGUCGGCAGCGAUAAUCAACACACCUUCCCAAGUCGUUCCUUCAUCUGGCGUUGUUGAUACACCAAAGAAGUCCGAGUCUCAACCCCCUGUAACAUCGACACAGGAUGUAAUCAAGUCAUCGGCUCCACCCCAAGUGUCGUCUCGUCCAGAUUCCACACCCACCUCGGAGAAGCCACCUACAGUAUCAGCAUCAGCAAGCAAGGAAAACAUAGCUUCUAGUGUCAGGGAGAACGCCAACGUCAAGGGCACUACGGUAACAAGUGAACCGCAAAGGCAGUCGGUUACUUCUCCGCCAUCAAAGGACAUUUCAGAAACACCAAAGGAGACAAGUGAUUCCAAGGAGAAUGCAUCUUCAAAAGAUAGCGCAACUGUCGAUAUCAACAACAACAAAAUACCAACAAGCAAUGCCGUUGCAUCACCAUCUUUAGAUCCAGAUAAUAACAGAAAUAGAAAAGGUAAGCCUGUCUCGACUUCAUCUUCACUAUCCAACGAAGGUGUGGUGGAUCUUGCUUCCACAACAGAUCUCUCUGGCCAGCGGCAGGCACCCUCUAUAAUCACGACUACGUUAUCCUUCUCCAGGAACACCUCUCCAAGACCUACUCCCAGUCGAGAUGACGAAGUUUUCUCCGUCAUUACUAGCGAGUUUACAUCUACCAUCACCAAGCCAGGAUCAACACUUACCUUUACCUCGAUGACCGUGACAAACAUCUCGUCGACCUUCAGAUCAACUUUUAGAACCACAUUCCCCGGCUCCACUGCGGAAUCAACAUUUACAAGCGUCAUUACAACCAGCACUCCUCGAACAAUCACGCGGUCUGCGUCAGUCAGCUACUCUGUCACUACAAUGACUAUGCCAGGGUCGACACAAACCAGGACGGAUACCAUAAGUGACGAAAAGACUACCUUUUACCAGACUACAACCAAAACGGCUGCAAGCUACGUAGUAACCUCCACGCAAGCUGUGACUCAGCCGGGGGCUGUUGAGACUUCCUACCAGCCAGUAGAGUCAACAGUCACAUCGACGACGAGGUACCUUGUUCCACCGUCUGUCAGCGAAGGUGUUUCCGAAUACACCAGCGUUGUGCAAUCCACAGUCCAGGUUGUUGGUACGACGACGCAGCCAGGUCAAGUGUAUGUCAACGUUGGAACAACAGAGAUCACGCGUGUUAUAACCAUUCCAAGAACGAAGAAUGGCCAAGGAAACAAUCCACCGACCCAGCCGCCUGUCUUCCAGGUCAUUACAAGUGUCAUUGACGGAAAGGUUGAAACAAUCGUGGAUAAUGCCGCCCCACAGACCAUUGUGACAAAUGACGGAGGUGUCAUUACUGUUGCAUUUACGCCUCCCCCGGAAACGAAAGUAACUCGUGAGGGUGGACAACAGACUGAGAUGGUCAUAACGAUCACACCAACGCCAGAAGUGGCUUACGUCGCCGUUCCGACAACAAAGGACGGGACGCCAACUAUUGUUGUUAUUCCCUCUACACUGAAUGGAGCAGGACCCGGGCAAUUCAAAGAGGUUGCAACAACAAUUGAUGGGAAACCUACUGUAGUAAAUGUCCCUGUCACACAGGAACCGGUUUUAGUUGCCAUUCAGACAACGAUCGAUGGAACCCCUACAGUCGUUCUUACAAGGUCAACGCCGACAGGGCCAGGUUUUAAUCCGAUAUCUUUGACUAUUGUAUCUCAAGUGGGCGGAAGCACUGGCGUGUUUACAACGACAGACGCCCCCGAAGCCAUCAAGACAACCAUCGACGGAAAAGAGACGACAGUCAUGAGGACCCCUCCACCAAGGACUUAUACGUCGGUUUCAGGAGGGACAGCAACGACUAUGACAGUAGUCACCACCCCGACAGGUACAAUGCCACUGUCUUUCACUGUACUUACCUCUACCGGAGGGACAUUAAGUACCAUCGUGUCGACUCCGAAGCCGACUACGUUCACCACUUCUAUUUCGGGUACAUUGAGAACAAUCACCUCAACACCGAAACCAACCACACGUCUGUCGACUAUUGAACCCUCAACUGCGCUCAUUACAUCCACUUCUAUACCGACUGCCACAGACAGCCCGGAUACAAUCAUUGUUCAGGUCGAGAAGUUUGCAUUCACAGAUGGCGACUAUUUCGUCGGGAAGUUUCUUCCUGUAAUACUUGCCGUCAUCAUAGCGGCACCGCUUCGAAUUAUCGAUCUCAACGCGAAGCUGUACCAGCCAUUUUAUGCCUUGGCGCAAGAGGGAGGCUCACUGGGAAAGAACAGCAUGACCCUGCAUUUUGACGGCUGGAAGGGCUUCCUGGCACCCUUUGAGGUACUCAUGCAGGGACACCCUGUGCCAUUCAUCACAACGCUUAUGAUACUGUGUUCAUCGCUUCUAGCACCGCUUGCCACCGAGGCCAUCGGUAUGAAGCUCCACGGCAAGUGCAAAAUAACCGCUAUCGAAGGCUGCGGAAUACAGCUGGGCGUGUCUACGAUGUCUGCCCAUGCGCUGGUUGCCCUGCUAGCUUUCAUUAUUGUGCUGUUACUCGUAUUGCUUUACUUCCUGCGUAACUGGGAGACAGGUCUCCACGCAAAUCCCUGGAGCAUAGCUGGUAUUUCUUCACUAGCCCGAAAUGCAGAUAUCCGAUCUCACCAGCUCGAUUUCAAAGCCAGCAAAGCUUCCAUGGCCGAUAAAAAAUAUGGCUUCGGAUACUUUGAAAACAGCCACAGACGGGACGAAUACGGCAUCAUUCACUACGACGACUCCACUCAAAAUCUACAGCGUGCAACCGCAUCUGGAGCGCUCGUUGAGGACGACGAAUUAACUGGCGCACAUCAACGCGACAUGACGAAGCAGAGAGGCAAACCAGUGCCUUUCAUUGUGCUGACAUGGUGGUGGAGACUGACCUUUAUGUUCUUCCUCGUCUCGAUGUUCAUCAUCAUACUGUAUUACCACCUCACUCUUAGUUCUCGGACUUCUUUCAAGGAUUUCAUGGACAGUCAGACUUUCGGUGUCCGGUUCUUCUUCACAGCUCUGGGUGUCACCGUUGUGUUUUGCUGGCAGUCCAUUUUUAUCAGCAUCGCAAUCAUCAGCCCGUAUCACGACAUGGCACGCCGCUCUCAAUCACCCGAGAAGUCCAUCCUGCUCACUCGCCCUACCAAUGGCUUCUACGGCAUGUAUGCUGCUGUUCUUGACGGCAACAUCAUUCUCCUGCUCGCUGCAUUCAUGUCUAUACUUGCAGAGUUCCUGCCGAUUCUUUUCGCCAACAUACCGUACAACUUGACGCAGACCCUGGAGUCACACAACAUCUGCGCCCGCGUCAGUCUUGCUAUUCUGGCAAUCAUGUUGAUUACUAUCAUCGCUAGCUUGUUCAUCAAGUGGCCCGAGAUGCCGGUAGACCCACGCAGUAUAGCAGGUGCGAUGUACUAUGUUAACGAGAGCCGCAUGCUUGAGGACUUUGAGGGGCUCUCGAAGCUGGAUUCCAAGGAGAGAGAGAAAAGAGUGAAGGAGCUUGGAAGGAGAUACUUCUAUGGCAGCAUCACUGGAAGGUUUGGAAAGAGAAUGGGUGUUGAGUCGGUGGAAAGUAUUGAAGAUACGGCAUACACCGGGGGCCAUUGGUUUUUACCUCGAGAAGGUGAACAGCAACAAGUCGCCGGACUACAAGAACCACACUUGCUUGGGCCGAUAUUUGAGAACGAUGAGCAGUACCAAGAUGAAUAUUCACACCAGCAUGAGGACGAGGAGGAGAACCUUGAACCGCAUCAGGCGAUCGAAAUGGACCCGCAUGAAGUGCCUAGAGAGGUUCAACAGCCUAGGGAGGUACUUCAUGCUCGAGAUGACCUUAUUUGA